UCGUCCCGCCACUCAACUAGACAACUCGUCCAUAAAGAUACCUGUCUGGUGUGCACGUUGGGAUAUGAUGACUUCCGCCGGAAGAUGGGCCCUCUGGGUGUUGACUUCCGGUUUUGUAUUUGUGACAACACAACCUCCUAAUGUUGACGGACAAGCGGACCUCACCGUCCGCCAAGCCGCUGCCUUUACUGGGGGGCGGGACACAACAGUUACUGUCGAUAUAGGAAUGUCCUUCCUUGCUGCAAGCACCCAAACAUCUAGGUUUUCUGAUACUCCUUUUCCCCAAAUGGACGACAUAUGUGCGCCUAUAAAUGUGACGGCGCCAUGUGAUGUAUGGAGCCCUUACAGGACUCCCAGCGGCGUCUGUAACAACCUAGCCAACCCGAGAUGGGGAAAGGCUCCAACUCAAAUGAGACGUUUUCUACCGCCUGUCUACCAAGACGGCAUAAGUCUUCCUCGAACACGGGGCGUAAAUGGAACCGAUCUUCCCAGCGCCCGUUCCAUCAGUUUGAUUGUCCACGGUGCCGCUGAUCCCGAAGUCACCCCCAAGUACCAGGGCAUCACCCACAUGGUCAUGCAGUGGGGGCACAUCACCGACCACGACAUCACCCACGCGCCUAUACUAACACGUCCAAACAAGAAGCCCCUGUUAAUCGACUGUUGUCUGGAGGGAGCAACUUCAGCAGGGGCGCGGGGCUUCGGUAGUUCUUCGCCGAGUCCCUGUUUCCCUAUUCCAGUACCGCCGAAUGAUCCAAUCUUCAUUGGCCGUACCUGUUUGAACUUUACAAGGUCCAUACAAGUACCCAAUCUACGGUGCACCAAUGCUCCAGUGGAACAGAUCAAUGCAAUCACAGCCUUUGUGGAUUCGUCUAAUGUGUAUGGAUCGAGCAAGGAGGAGAGUGAUAACCUCAGGCUGAGAAUAGAUGGCCUCCUCAAGUUCGAAAACUUCAACCUACUUCCAACAAAUGAGAAUGAAGAUGUCUGCGAUGCACCGUGCUUCGAUGCAGGUGAUACCCGUAGGAACGAACAGAUGGGUCUAACCAGUAUGCAUACCCUAUUGAUGAGGGAACACAACCGAAUUGCAAGGACUCUUAAAAAGUACAACCCUUUUUGGAGCGAUGAGAUACUUUUUCAAGAAAGCAGGAAAAUCGUUGGUGCAAUGGCUCAGAAAAUAACCUACAGCGAUUGGUUGAACAUCGUUCUUGAUCCUGUAACGCGAAGUAUAUACGGUAUUGAUUCAACCGGACCUGGGUUUGCCAAAGUCUAUGACCCAUCUAUCGACCCCAGUAUUCGGAAUGUUUUUGGUGCUGCUGCCUUUCGGUUCGGACAUACCCUUGUACGUACAUUCUUCAGCCGACGUCGCCCAAAUUAUUCAGUCAACGUCAUUCACAGAUUGAGUGACCUUUUUGGCAAGACCAAAAUCAUAAGGGACUCCAAAGGAAAUGCUGUGCAUGAAUUUUUACGUGGCCAACUUGUCGACACUGCUGGCAGGUUUGACCGGUUCAUAACUCCUUCCUUGACCAACGAGUUGUUUAAGAGCGCAACAAACAGUUUUGAUCUGGCAGCGUUCAACAUCCAGCGUGGGAGGGAUCAUGGCACACAGUCGUAUAACGCCUGGAGAGAGUUCUGUGGACUUCCAAAGGCCUAUUUCUUCAGGAGAGGGCCUGGAGGUUUCUCCGAUCACACCGAGGAUGCUGUGAACGAGCUGGCCCGCGCCUAUGCUGGCUUGAGCCCGGAUGAUGUUGAGAUCUUUCCUGCAGGAAUAUCCGAGAUACCGAUGCCAGGUGGUUUAGUCGGACCCACAUUUGCCUGUCUCAUCGGGAAACAGUUUGAGUUAUUAAAAAGAGGCGACCGUUUCUGGUACGAACGGAAUAACCCGGUGACGGGUUUCACAACAGCCCAACUGGCUGAGAUCAGAAAGGCCAGCCUGUCCAGAAUCAUUUGCGACAACACGGACACCUUCCUGAUUCAAAGAAAUGCCUUCAGGAAAGCAUCAAUAUUUUGGAAUCCCCUCCAGUCCUGUUACAAUCUCCCAAGAGUAGACCUCGGGAGGUGGAGGGCUGUCCCUGCCUAAAGAUAGGGGCCACGUUUCUCGAAGCCACACUGCCGUACUUCUUCGUCCAUACUACAUUGCGCAUGUCAUGGAUGGAUGAAAUAAAUGACUUGUGAAUCAAUA